AUGUUUCUCCGCAGCAGGGCAGAUCUGAUCGAGCUUAGCCUGUUGUACAGCACAUGCAUCCGGGACGAACCACUGGCGGUAUUUGGUUUUGUUUUACCAGAAAUCCGACCCAGAGUGGCGAAGAAGGGGCUUGCACACCAUGCCUGUCUAGUAGAGCAUGUAGAGCUUCCAUCCAUACUACCCACAGACCACCACAGACCACCACAACCACCACAACCACAACCGCUACCACCACCUCCACCACCUCACCAUGACUGGAAUAGCUGCAAACUCGACACGUCGAUAGCGGCGGGAAGAGGUGAGAGAGCUGACUGA